GAUAUAUUUCACAACAAAACUUUUAUUUUCCUCGAGUUCAUAAAACGGUCGCCCAAGUAAGUUAAUCCACAUAAUGGCAUCCUUGGUACGAGUUUCCCGUCUGUUGCAAGCUCCAUUAAGACGCACUCAAAGUAUUCCCGUCGCUUUAUAUCACGAGAAUGUCGUUGAACACUAUGAAAAUCCCCGCAAUGUGGGUUCUUUAGAUAAAAAAGAUUCCACGGUGGGCACUGGUCUUGUUGGUGCACCAGCUUGUGGUGAUGUCAUGAAAUUGCAAAUUAAAGUCGAUGAGAAUGGCAAAAUUAUCGAUGCCAAAUUCAAAACUUUUGGUUGUGGCUCGGCCAUAGCGAGCAGCUCUUUGGCCACCGAAUGGGUUAAGGGCAAGACCAUCGAUGAAGCAGGCAAAUUGAAGAACACCGAUAUUGCCAAGGAAUUGAGAUUGCCCCCCGUAAAAUUGCAUUGUUCCAUGUUGGCUGAAGAUGCCAUUAAAGCAGCUUUGGCUGAUUACAAAGUCAAGCAGCAGAAGAAGAAGGAGAAUUAAUUCCGAGCUAAAAAUUAAAAUGGAUGCCCUGGAAAAGCUGUUUGGAAAGCAGAGUUUUCACAAUUAUUUGAAAUUUAUCUAGUUAUAUAUUGUAGUAGUACUCCUAGUGUACGCUUAGUUUUAACCAAACUCAACCACCCCAACCCAAACUUGAUUAAAAUCAUAUUUUUGUAAAACGAAAUGUGUAAGCCUGAGCUUCACUGGAAAGUUUUUCUAUAAUGAUACUAUUUAAGAUGAAUAUACGUUAAGAGAAAGUUUAGUAGAGUUGAAGCUAUGAAAUGACUGAAGGAAAUCUAUAUACCUAAACGACUCCAGCUGGAAAUAGUCUAUGCCCAUUUUUGAAAAAAGAAGCAGAUGGCAAAGUCCAUAUAAUGCACCUUUCUUAAGCUUACAACUACAACCACAACAAAUGAAUAUUACAAAAAUAAAUUAUAUGCUUUAAUUGUUAUAAAUA